GUUUAUUCAGUUGCUUUUAUUUUAGAAACUUCAUCAUGGAUCUUCUAACAAAGUGAGCUUAACAUAUCAACAGACGAAUCUAAGCGGAGAUCUUCCUCCUGCUCAACACCUUGGGCGCAACAGCGUUUCGGGGGAAUGCGCCCUUAGUCAUGCGUACCAGGUGUGGAGAAGGGGUGCCAACAUUUACACCAUAAUUGUAUAUGCAAUGGGGAUGUUGCGCCGGACCAUCUUCCUGGACCAUCCUCCCGGCCCCAGGACCAUCCUCCCGGCCCCCUGCAGAAGGACAUUGAAAAACAGCUCAGCUGAAUUAAGGCUUAAUGACGAAGAAUUGUGGCUGGAAGAAAUCAUCAUCAUCGGAGAAGAGAAGGGAACAAUUCUGAUUUUAGAAGCAUAAAGAAGGAAAAAGUCUGCUCACCUACUCCAACAUGCAAAAUCACGAUUCCCCUCUGGCCCAGGUGCUGCCAGGGUGUUGCUGCCACAAACAAGGAAAAUUUUUACCAUUGAAGACCAUGCUUGGACCUAAAUAUGAUGAUCAGGUUCCUGAGGAGAAUCGUUUUCACCCCAGCAUGCUAUCAAACUACCUGAAGAGUCUUAAGGUAAAAAUGGGUCUCUUAAUUGAUUUGACUAAUACUACCAGAUUCUAUGAUCGGAACGAUAUAGAAAAGGAAGGAAUAAAGUACAUAAAGCUUAAUUGCAAAGGACAUGGGGAAUGUCCAACACCAGAAAACACUGAAACUUUUAUUCGACUCUGUGAGAGAUUUACGGACAGAAGCCCAGAGGAGCUUAUUGGUGUCCACUGUACUCAUGGCUUUAAUAGAACUGGUUUCUUAAUCUGUGCCUUUUUAGUUGAGAAGAUGGAUUGGAGCAUUGAGGCAGCAGUAGCCACUUAUGCUCACGCAAGGCCACCAGGUAUUUACAAAGCUGAUUAUAUAAAGGAGCUUUUUCAACGUUAUGGAGAUGUUGAGGAUGCGCCCCCUGCUCCUGAGCUCCCAGACUGGUGUUUUGAGGAGGAUGAUGUGGAUGAUGAGGGGAACAGUAUAGUUCAAGAGGCUGAGCCAGGGUCUUCAGGAACUGGUCAACACAGGAAGAAAAAAGAGAGAUUAAAACUUGGUGCAGUAUUUUUAGAAGGUAUUUCAGUAAAAUAUGUAUCGCAAGUAACAACACAACCGAAACUUGGAGAAAUACAGAGAAAAUGUCAACAAUUCACCAACUGGGAAGGAUCUGGGUUCCCUGGAGCACAGCCUGUAUCCAUGGACAGAAACAAUAUCAAAUUUCUUGAGCAGAAGACAUAUAAAGUGAGCUGGAAAGCAGAUGGUACCCGGUACAUGAUGCUGAUUGAUGGUAAAAAUGAAGUAUAUAUGAUUGACCGCGACAACUCUGUGUUUCAUGUGUCUCAUCUUGAAUUUCCGUUUCGGAAAGAUCUCAGAGUCCAUUUAACGAACACUCUACUGGAUGGGGAAAUGAUCAUUGAUAAAGUGAAAGGACAAGCUGUGCCACGAUAUCUGAUUUAUGACAUCCUUAAAUUUAAUGGUCAGCCUGUUGGGGACUGUGACUUUAACAUCCGUCUGGCUUGCAUUGAAAAGGAGAUCAUUUUUCCCAGGCAUGAAAAGAUGAAGACGGGACAAAUUGAUAAAACACAGGAACCUUUUAGUGUGCGGAAUAAGCCAUUUUUUGACAUUCAUGCAUCAAGAAAGCUACUCGAAGGAAGCUUUGCUAGAGAGGUCAGCCAUGAAGUUGAUGGACUUAUCUUUCAACCAAUUGGAAAAUACAAAGGUGGUCGUUGUGAUGACAUUUUAAAAUGGAAGCCACCUAACAUGAAUUCCGUGGACUUUCGGUUGAAGAUAACAAAAGUUGGAGGAGAAGGGCUUCUGACUCAGAAUGUUGGAUUGCUUUACGUUGGAAACUAUGAGCGUCCUUUUUCCCAGAUAAAGGUGACAAGAGACUUAAAACAGUAUGAUAAUAAAAUUAUAGAGUGCAAGUUUGAGAACAAUUGCUGGGUCUUCAUGCGGCAAAGGGUUGAUAAAAGCUUUCCAAAUGCCUACAGCACAGCUUUGGCUGUAUGCAACAGCAUCCAGUAUCCAGUAACAAAGGAAAUACUCUUUGAAUUAAUUGAUCGAUGCACAGGGGCGAAUCAGGGGGAAAAACGAAGAAAUGCUCUUGAUCCCGACGCUGAACUAAUGCCUCCACCUCCUCCUAAAAUUCCACGAGUUGUUAACUGAAAGAGAAUUUUCUAUGAAGCAGAAAAAUUUCAUCUCAGACAGGGGAAAGCCUAAGAACCUUCUUAUGCUACAUAUUUGCAAUAAGGACCUUUUCACACACAAAGCAACUUUUUUUGCACACUGACAUUGACACUGACAGUCGUUGAUGCACAUUUUAGGAAGAAAUAAUCUAAGUGUGUUGACUUGGAAUCUUACAUGAAAGUGCAAAGAACCCAAAGCGUUGCAUCAGAGACCAUGGAAGACUUUAUAUUUGCAAACAUAGACUGUCAGAUCAAGGAACACUUUGUGUUUUCUUACCAGUUUGUCCACAUACGUAAAAAAAAAAAAAAAAUAAAGUUGCUUUUUGUCCUUCAUUUUCUUAAAGAUCUUUUUUUAUUUGUAUUUAAUUGCUCAUUGUUUAAGGGUUUAAUUUAAUGUACUUUUCUUAAAACUUCUUAUUUUGAACAAAAUAGUGAGGCAUUAAAUAUUAUUUCAGUUGUAUUACUAAUGACACCAUUGUCUGGUUUUUGCCUGUUUUAAAUCUUGCUUCAAAUUU